GAACUCACAUUAUGUCAAUCAUAUGUAUUAUCAGUAAUGAUCAAUUUCUGCCUAUAACUAAAGAAUACAAAGCUACUUUAACAUUGUAUGCCAAUUCGAAACAUAUUAUUAGUCGGAAAGAAUCCUUGGAGUUGUGAUAUAUUGUAGAAGCGCGUCUGAACAAAUGUGUGUCGUCCAGUCAGCAUAGACCAUUUGAGCUAUUUUUGAAGUUCUUAGCCGCCUUGUACUUGCACAAGCAGCCUUGUGAAUUCAAGAACAUCACCACACCACAUCAUAUUCAUGCAAAGCACACAAAUACUUGCAUAACAUUUUAAAAGAUUAUCUACAUAAUAAAUAAAAGAUGGUUAGACCUGCCAAAGAGGGGAACCCCAAGAAAUCAAUGAGAGGAGUCAAAAGCACCAAGAAGACCGCCCAGAAGACCACCAAGAGAACGCUUCCAGAGUCUGAUAACGAUGAGCUACCCCAGAAAAAGAAAUCUAGACGAUCCAGACGACUUGAUUUAGACGAAAGCGAAGACGAAGGCGAACAUUCAAAAGGGAACACUAGCAACAAUGAGAAUACAAACUGCGAAAGUAGAGAUUCAGAGAACGAAGAAGACGAAGAUUGGCGACCGGAAUUCUUCUACAAUCAGGAUAUUCACGAUGCCAUCGACCAUCAUUGGUCCGCAAGAGAUGAGGCGAUUUUGAAAGCCUCAACACUCGAAGAAAUUACUCUUUGGAGAAAGUGUCUCCAGUUUCAUCAGCGCCCACCGGGAGAUUUCCUUCCCCGAUCACAAGGAGUCACUACUGUUGCCAGCAAUAUAGAAUUUGGAUCUACCGAAAUACCCAAUACAAAUUGGGCCACUUCAGUGUGUGCCAAACUCAGCAAGCUCAUAUUACUACCGCCAUUUCGAGAAGUGUGCAAGGGAAGUCAUAGGUUCCUCAUUUAUUGCGUGCUAUUAGCGAUAUCGACUAGACUCGGUCACAAAGCCAGUGAUCCUGGACUGGAUAGAUGCAGAGACAAUAGGUACUAUUCGGUGUUUGACUGUAUAGAAAGUUUGCAUGAUGACCACGGCCACCCCCUCAGCAUUCAGCUUAGCAAAGCGAUGGAGGAUCAAAUCAAAGACAGCCUUCAAGCAGAAGGAUUUUAUAAUCUACCAGCGUAUUGGGAGUUUUCAAAAUGCAUCCCAAAAGUUAUCGGCCGCAAAAACAAAGCUAAGAACCAAACCGAUCUCGUCGGUCGAGCAGAUUUGAUAGCAAUUGCCGACGCAUGGGAUAUGUUUGCGAAGAAGGAAGAGAACUUUAUGUUGUUGACCGUGGAUCAAAUAUCGAACCUUUAUGGGCACAUAACAAACUCGAAGAUGACGACGAAGAGUAUUUUGCAAAUAAAGAAACUAUGGAUCGUCAAGGGCCGAAUGGAACAGGUUCAAAUUAGACGAGACCUCAGUCCAGAGAUCCGAGGAUCUCCAGACAUUGACGACGAGGAUGAUACUUUGGGCCAGCCCAGGAUAUCCGCAUUCCACCCAAUAUUUAACAAUAAAGUGCCUAAAGCUGUAGACAUUCACCAAGAUCAAUUUCCAUCGGAUAGAUUUCAUAUGGAGAGAAGGCCAAAAACAACACCAUGUGGAGUAAGCGUCAUUCAAGAGGAACCUGAUGAGGAGCAGGCUGAUGAAAGCGGUGAUGGAUCAACCACUUUGAUGCAGAAAACAUGGACUGAGGAUGGCCAAUUUACUGGCUUAGGUUCAAAAGCCCGACUGAAGGCAUGGAGAGAGAAACGGAGGACUGAUUGACAGCUCUUUUGAGUGGUGGUCACGGGAUACUCUCAUUUGAGGGUGGGAGGCGGUGAUGCGAUGGAAAAGAUGGUUAUGGAAUGAAAUCUGAUACCUUUUUUGAGGUCGAAGAUGGUUAUGGUUGUGGGGAGAUUAUGAGAAGGCUACUCGUACCUCUUUUGAGGUCGAGAUAAAGGCGUCGUACUGCCAAUCGUUGGAUUUCCAGGAAUGCAUGAAUAAACACUGUAAGCA